CCCAGACUAGCAGUCCCACAACAAGGCCAGAAGACCCCGUCCCAUACACACUACAUAUACACCGUAUCCCAACAGUCAACCCCACAUCUCCAAACCACACACUCAAUCCUCCUCACCCUCAAAUACAGACACUAUAAACCCUCAAUCCACCCCUCCAACCGUCUGCCAUACCCUUAAUUUACUACUUAUACCUUGAACACAAAUCUCACCACCCCACCACCUCCCACCUUAACCUGAAACCCUCCAAAAAAAAAGAAAAAAAAAUCACAAAAUGUACACCGCCAUGGCCCUAAUCUGGCGCAAACCCGGCACAACCCCCACCUUCUUCCAAACCCACUACGACACAGUCCACAUCCCGCUCCUCCAACGCCUAGUGGGCGAUACAUUCCCCCUCACGCACACCCGCCACUACGUCGCGCGCCGUGAACCCUCCUCCCCAUCAAACCAAUCCUCCCCACCGCCAGGAUCCCCACCGCCAGGAUCCCCAGAACAAGCAUACCCCCCCAUAAUCCUCCGCGGCACAGGUGAUCCCAGCGAUCCAGACGCAUACACGGUGAUGCAAUGGCGGGACGAGGGUGCGUUCAGGCGGUUUAUGGACGUGUUCAUGCGGGAGGAGGUGCAGGCGGAGAUGAGGAGGGAUGAGGAGGUGUUUCUGGAUACGGGGAGGGAGAAGAGAUGAGUAGUACGUCGAGAGAUGUUAUGAGAGUGGGGUAUUGGGAUUGAUGUGUGGAAUGUGUGUGGAGGGUUGGUAGGGAGGAUGUGGGUGGGUGGAUUAGAUGGCUAAUUAUGUGUUGUGCUACGCU